GUUUGGUCAAAAAAAAAAAAAAGCCUAAAACACCAGAACAAAGCCCCACACCGUUUUAUUCCUUUGAGGGCCAUCAGAAGAUCACCUGUCAGUAUUUCCAAACAAAAGAAAAAAUAGCUAUAUUGUAAAGCCUGGAAGCAGAGCUUGAGAUUUUUGGGUAACUUAAUCCUGGUGGACUAGCCUGUUCUUUGAAGGAAAAGCCCCGAAAAACCACCUUCUGCAAGGAAGGUGCUUCUACAGCUUCCCAAGCUGGUGUCUGUCUUGUCUUCAGAAUCCUUUUUAUUUGGUGGGCAUCCACGUGAUGGCCCUGUGAAGCUGCGGAUCCCUCGCUGUUGAAUAGGUUUCACCUGUAGCUCUAAGCCAAAAAUAGAUUUACUCCGAAGUGAGAAAAAUGAUGCUUUGAAAAAUGUUGGCAGUAGCUGAGCGUUUGGGUUUCCCGUGUUUGUGAGACCAUCAUGAACCGGGCUGAGUAAAGGAGGCAGUUAUUAAUGAAAGAUAAUCAGUGCUGCUGCUUCUGCUGUUGCUGAUUAAAGGGAAAAAGGAAUUGGCACAUCUGAGGCAUAUUAUGUGCCAACAGUCUGGAUUAAAGAAUGGUUUCCUGACUGGCUGUGGAGAAAAAAAAAAACAAACCCUCGUAAAAAAGAAAAUGGUAUGUUGUUUCCCUCCAUAAAAACAGAGUGAUUUCUGAGAUGAUGGGAUGCGAACGGACAGUAAGGGCACACAUUUUCAUGCAAUGCCAUACACAAUUGCUUUUAGAGGCUGUUUGGAAAGCGCAGCUCUUCUGAGAUGCUAAUCUAUAAUUUUGGGCAGAGAGGAAGCGUAUCACCAUAUAUUUCAGUUGCCUUUAUUUUAGGAAAGGACCGUUGCACAAAGCUCACCCAACUCGGUACCGCUCAUGCAUCAGCUGUCCGUGUGCCUGUGUAGGUGCAAGGCUGAAGAGGUGAAAAGGCUUCAGGUCUCUGCUGUUGUUCAAAUCUAUUAUUUCUCAUCAAGGUGACACCAAGGGACAAAGCCAGCUCCACUGCAAAUUUGGUGACACCUGUUUUCUGUGCCAGGUCAGGGGAAUUGCCAGAAUGGAAUGUGUGCCUUAGGUAUGAGCCUUAGAGUAGCAGGGGAGUCAGAUGGUGAAUCACUUUUAAAUCUGUUCCACAUGAAGUGUUUUCACGAGGAUGUACGCGACGGCACUGCGGUAACACCCAUGGGUGUCCCUUUGCUGCUUUAAGCAAACAUUUUGCUUUCUGUACCUCUGAUGAACAAAAUGUAUCUAAAAGUCGAGAUGCUUUCCUGUUGGUGUGUUUAGCCUGACAUCACUUGCAAAUAGCUUGGAAGUGGAUGUGGUCUUGAGACGAAGAGAUGAUGCAGCUAUCACCACUAUCAUCUUAUUUUUGCAAGGAAGAAGAAUACCAUAAAUGAGAUUGUAAAACAUGACACAUGAAUGUAUCUUGGGCAUAGGUGCCCUAGACUUAAGGUCAUCAAUUCUUUCUGGUGGUUGCAUCAUGAGUGGAUAUCAGUCUGGUCACGUUCUUGUGUUCAAAAGAAGCAAAUGUCCUAUAUUCAACACUUGUGCAGAAUGCCAGCAGAAGUAGUAGCAUGCAAUGAAUUUAAAGCAAGUGCAAAUGCUUCGUGCUGCUUUUUCUUUAUUUCUGAAGUGAUAAAAACAUGAGGAAGAGCCCAUCAAAAAGCAUGAUGUACAACAUCCUGGCUGUUUACCUUAAUUAACAUAUUCCAAGUCACCUAUUUUUAAAGGAAAACGAAACAAAACAACUUCUCAUUUCAAAAAGCAGCUCUUUCCUGUUUCUUCCAGUACAUUUGUGAAACAACAUGUAGAGCUCCUUGUUUUGCAAAGGAAAAUAAACCCUCCCCUCCCCCAGUCAUCUGCCUGCAGAACUGAAAAGUUUAACUAUUGCCCUCGAGUUUCUAGAUCUGCUUAUUUCAUAUGAGGGGCAGGCGGGGAGAGGAAGAACAACAGUAAAAAUAAAAAGUCUGAGAAACCUUUGGAAAAGACAAUAGCCAAAGAUACAAUUACGGAGGUAGAAGCAGGUUUUAAUUAUAGCAUUGUUAGAAAAAAAACGGCAGAAAGACUUGUCAGGUUGCAAUUCAUCCCAGCCUUGUCAAUCACCAUUGUUGCCAGGCACAAAAAUGAACUGCAUAUGAGAAGGUUUUUUUAUAGAAGUUGUAGAAUAUUGUCGCUAACCCACCCCCACACCCCCAUUUUAUUUCACACGGACAAAAGCUGAGAUGAAUGAGUUGUUGCCUGGCCCUUCCCACUUUGGAUAGUCAUUGGCUGGCUUGGUUCUAAAAAGGAUUUAAAAAAGGGGAAUAAUGUGCCUUUGCCUGGAAUCUGAGACUGUCAGGGUGCUGAAAAGCUAAUCUGCGAGCUGCCACCAUGCAGAUCUCUUGGGCUGUGUGCUCUGUCUGUGUCUUAACACAAAUUGCAUUCCAGUCCGUGGAAGGGUGGCAAGUGUUUAAAAACGAUGCUACAGAAAUCAUUCCUGAGAUCACCGAGAACGCAGAAACACCGGUGGAGCAGACGUUCAGCAACAACACAAUGAACCAGGCAAAGCACGGAGGGAGGCACAUACAACAAGCUCCAGACCCUAAUGAUGCUUCCGACUUUAGCUGCAGAGAAAUGCGAACCACCCGCUACGUCACCGAGGGCUCUUGCCGCAGCAUCAAACCUGUCAAGGAGCUGGUCUGCUCCGGCCAGUGUGUCCCCUCACACCUCCUGCCCAACUCCAUCGGCAGAGGGAAGUGGUGGCGUCAGAAUGCCCCGGAUUAUCGCUGCAUUCCUGCUCACACUCGCACGCAGCGCAUCCAGAUGGCUUGUCCCGAGGAAGAGACUCGGACUUACAAAUUCCGAGCUGUCACGUCCUGCAAAUGCAAGCGCUACACUCGCUACCACAACCAGUCUGAGCUGAAGGACUUCGGGAAGGAAACGGUCAGGCCUCAGAAGAACAAGAAACCCCGUCUCUCCAGAGCCAGGAGCAGCAAAUCCAACCAGCAUGAGUUAGAGAAUGCUUACUAGCAGGUGGUGGUACUCCAAGUGAUACAGCCUAGCAGCUCUGGAUAUCUUACCCAACAUCAGAUGGCACUCACAGGCCACAGCGUGCCGUUCUGACUGCAGUAGGGUCCAAUUCCUUCUGCUAAGCUGGGUCAAAAGGCUCACAUAGUCAAAAAAUCUGUCAGAUGAUAGCAGUUAUGGUCUGAUAAGAGAAUGAGAUAAACCGAGCUGGAGGCAGCAACACGUAAAUUCAGUCUGAGAGGAGAGGUCUCCCUUGGAGAGCCACCUGGCUUGGACAUGUAGGAAGGCAAAGUGAAGCUGUUAUGGGGACAAUCACACUUUGUUAGAAGUCAUCCUACUCAAUUUACACGAAAAGAACACCGAGGUCCCUUUCCCACUUUUCCAGGUGCCAUGGUGCAGGACAAGGAUGUGAUGAAGGCAGCAGCAGGAGAGUUACCACUCUCCGAAUGAGUUGCAGAAAGUUAGUGCUAGCAGGGAUUUCGACAGCUGUGACACCCUGUCAGAUGUCCUCACGUCCCAGCGGUUUCCUUUAAAACGCAAAAAUCAAAACGUGCCACUCACCUUCUCAAAAGCGUGACAAAUCUAUUUCAUACUUUUAAUUGCAAGACUGUAGGAUGAACAGAUUCGAAACGGAUUUGACAACUAAACCCAGAUUGGUUUUAGGGACAAGGAUUUGGUUUAGGAACAGUUGAACAAAUUCUGCUAGGUGGAGCAGAUUUCUGGAAUGGAUGCUUCCCUCAAACCAGAUAACCUCACUGAUGUUUGUCCUGUAAACAGCUAUCGGUGUGCGCAACUUAACCUAGAAGAUACUGAUUAGGCCUGAUUUCCUAGAACACAGUUGUCUUUAGCGUCAGCUUAGAUGUCUCAAUUUACAUUUUCUGUAGAGUUUGGAUUAUCUGGCCACACACUUCGUAGCGCGAAGCCUGUGCAAGCCAAGUUCUGGGAUUAAGGUGCUGGUUCUGCGUUAAAAGUGAGCCUCUGCUAAUUUUAAUGUCAUCAAUUCCACUAGAAAAGUCUUUGGUACUUUAGUUUGACAGCAACUUCCCUUUAGUUAGCUUCUCACCAUUCAGACUAACAUUUGUGUUUUUACAUGAGAGAAUAUUAUUAAGGAGAUAAAUUGUCACAUGCUGUAUAUAUCCUGUAGAAAUGCUAAGCCUGGUAGCAGAUGAACACAGUUUGGGAUGGAGACAGUUCCUCACUGUUCUUAUUUUCUAUGUAGAGUUUAUGCUGAAAUCAUAUAAACGAUGGAAAUUUGUGAUGUUGAUAGAUUUUGCAGUUAUUUUAUGUGGGACCAGAACCUAGAGGGAAAAGGUAUUGUUUCAGAGAGUGAAUUACAUAUUUAUUUUUUUCUCAGAAAUUAUUUAUGCAAUGUUUUUUCCUUGUAGACAAUGAGAAGUAAUACUGCUUUAAAGAUAUUAGUCUGUUAUUUUUAAUUUUAAAUACAUGGUUAAUAAAGUAGAAACGAUGCU